UGGAUUGAAUCCGAGAAGCAGUCGGAAAUUAACAUCAGUGGAGUGUGGAAGCAAUAUCAUGGGAAGAUAGUGUGAACCAACGAAAUCUUUUCUUUGUGCCUAAAGUAAAUCGUAGUGACCGGCCGUUUUCAUCCUAAUUAUCAGCCUAUUUCUUGAAUCGAGAGUUUCUCUGUUCGAAGCUUUUCGUUCGAAUUUUAUUUUGCCUAAGAAGGGAAAACCGAGAGCAAAUAUGGUUGAAAGGAUAAUAGAAGAAUCUGAAAAUUACGAUCGCAACGGCGGCAUCGUGGUGAUUACCAAUGGUGACAGCAUCGGCGGGUGUAAUAUGGGAGGGGGAAGUGCCUCCGACAGCGGGGAUCAAAUGGAUGCUGAGACUCGUGAGAGGGAACUCUGCCGUCGCAAGGAGGAGGCCAAGAGGAAGCGGCGCAAAAAGAAGCGUACCGGUUCUUCGGUGGUAUCUUCGUGUUUCCAAGACCUGUACAAAUUGACCGGUGAAGUAUUGGGUGCAGGAGCUUAUGCAAGUGUAGAGACUUGCGUCAAUUUGUAUACUGACCAAGAAUUCGCUGUAAAGAUCAUUGACAAGGUCCCUGGCCAUGCUAGAGCCAGGGUGUUCAGGGAAGUGGAGACAUUUCACCAUUGUCAGGGUCACCCAAACAUCAUUCAGUUAAUGGAAUUUUUUGAGGACGAAGAAAAGUUUUACUUGGUUUUUGAAAAGAUAAAUGGAGGCCAGCUCUUGAGGAAAAUCCAAGAGCAUAAGUUCUUUAGUGAGGCAGCUGCAGCAGAGAUCGUUCGUGAAAUAGCCUCUGCAUUAGAGUUCAUGCAUGGCAAAGGAAUAGCUCAUCGGGAUCUCAAGCCGGAAAAUAUUCUCUGCGUUCAUAAAGAUCGGCUGUGUCCCAUAAAAAUCUGCGAUUUUGAUUUAGGAUCUGGGAUUCGUUUCCAAUCCAGUGUUUCUAGUCCGUUAGCGACACCUCAGCUCAUGACACCUGUUGGUAGUGCUGAGUUCAUGGCACCCGAAGUGGUAGAAGCAUUUAUUGGAGAAUCUGAGACAACCGCUUAUGAUAAGAGAUGCGACUUGUGGUCUCUGGGAGUGAUAAUGUACAUUUUGCUAUGUGGUUACCCUCCCUUUUACGGUAAAUGCGGCAGAGACUGCGGGUGGGAAAAAGGAGAAAACUGCAAUUUCUGCCAGGAACUCCUCUUCCAAAGCAUACAGGAAGGCAGAUACGACUUUCCAGACUCGGAUUGGGACGCCAUAUCAAGCGAAGCGAAAGACCUCAUUUCCAGUCUGCUCAUAAAAAAUGCGAGUGAGCGUAUUAGCGCGCGGAAAGUCCUGAAACACCCAUGGCUGAAACUCGCUAAUGACUCUGUAUCCCUCACUACCCCAGCUAUCAUCAAAAGGAAUGAUUCUGCACUGGAAUUGUCCCAAUUUGCAGAAUCUGCAAUGGCUGUGAACAGAGUGGUGCAACAACAUUUCAGCAUGAAUUUGGACUACAUGGAAAAGACCAGUGUUCAUUCCCAAGAAAUCCCAAGGAAAGCGUGCGCAUCGGAGAACAUGUACAUGUUUGGCUUGAGUCCUCCUAGCGAGAGCAAUCUGAUGCAGAGAAGAAUUAAGGCCGGCUCGUGCCAAGUCGUGUUACCGCCGCCUCCGCCGACAAUCCCAAGUCCAAGCGGUUGAAGUUGCCCAUCUCGUGAAACGAUUUGAAAUUCUGAAGUAAAGUUAAGUUUUCAUUCGAUUUUUUGGCAUUUUUACAGAAAGUUUAAAUUCAGUUGAUUGCGUUGUGUUCCGUUUUUGGUCGAAGCACAACAAUCUGUUGUUUUUUGUUUUUUCUAUUGUGAAGCUGGACUAUUGAAAGUAUUGAGGCAUUUUUCCUAACAGAAAAAAUGUGGCAAAACUACCUAUAAUUGGGCAGCUGACUUAGAACGGCGAAAUAGUAAUUCAGACAAGAAUAGUACUAUCAUUAGUAACUAAUAUUUCAUAAUAUUGCCUUUUUUAGGGAAGCUCGUUCUAGUCUCCGAAACGAGUGAGUUUUGUUGCGAAAAACUAAUCGAGAACAAAUUUUUCAAAAAACCAUAAGAUGCACUCUUUGCAAAAUCUUAUUCAAAAAGUUCCAGAUAAUCCUGACAAGAUUGAGGUAGAUAAUGAACAAUUUCAUUGUCUUUCAUUUUCAGCAAUUUUUUCAGCUGUAGCACUAAUAAUUUGUGUUGCACUAUCAAUCUUCUGUCAAAAUUAUGGGAAGUAUAUCUCCUUACUAUAUUUCCAAAUAUAAAUGUGAGCUUCCUGGCUAUAAUCAUGGGUAUGAUUUCAAAAAUUUUUCCUGUGAUUAUGUGUUAGUAUCUUAUGUCAGUUGAAAAACUUCAACCAUGAAUUUCAAUAAAUCGUAUCACAAUUUUUAGGAAGUUUUAGCUCCUUACCAUGUGUACCAUCGAAUUCAAAUGAAAGCAAAAUGCUCUAGUCUAUUUAAAAUUCAGUAAUAAAACUCAAGUAGGUAUAUAUGAAAACUCUUGGAAGGUGAACAAAAUAAUUUCAUUUAUGUUUUCAAAAAAUGUAAAUGUUUAAAGAGACAUCAAGUAAAACUUUUUAUUUGUGAAAUUAUAAAACAACGAUAAAAAUAAAAACAACAAUAACAAUUAAUUGGCGCUCCGGGGCGAAUUCAUUGAUUCCAGUGACAUCAAGUUAUUUUAUCCACCUUGUAAGUGUUUUAUCAUAUACAAUUAGGGUUUAUUGCUCCCUGUCAAUAACGAAACAGAUUGUUUUUCAAAUGUUGAACAAACUUAUUCUAAAUUGCCUUAGCAUAAUUGCGAAUUUUAAUAAGUUUCAAAUUCGCCGCCGAAUCUUUAAUAAUUGUAAAUCUCGGUAAUUUGAAAUGCAUAACAAAUGUAUUUUUCAUUUUUUUUUUUUUAGAAAAAUCUAAAUGUAAUAGGAUUUCAGAAAAAUCAGGUUCAAAUAAUUACUUUUCUAUUGACCACAUGAAUUUGGGGAAAAUCUCUGCUUGGAUUGAUAAAUGAAAAUAUUGAUGUGGAUAGAUUUUGAUUUGAAGGUCUCGAAUUAUGAUCUGACUAAUUUUGAAAUGGCUUGAUGCGUACUAAUUGAACCAGCACAGACUGUUGGACCAAAAAAAAAUUCACCGAGUUCUGCCAAAGCAACUCUAAGUCCAAAUUAUAACUGUAACCAAUUUCGUUUAUGUUGAGCUCACCGUACCAUUAAAACAUGAAAUUUAUUGAAAAGACACCCGAUUUAGCAAGGGGAAAACGUUUAUUCAGUUUCAUCAAAAUUAUUUCAUGUUUUUUGAUACAUUAAGAAGACAUCCAAUCAAAUUUGCACUCAAUUUUAUAGGUUUCUGAAAGAACUUAGUAAAUUCAUUGUCACGGCUUUGAAUUAAUUCAAGUCUCCUUCAAAUGAAAGUAUUAUAUUUUUGUGGAAUGAGAAGAAUCUUGAAUCCGAAUAGUUCUUAUUGAUAGGCUCCAAGCAUUUAGUGCUAGACGGUGCCUCAAUAUGAAUUGAUGGUUCAGCUAUGGCCUAGAUUUAGAUAUCUCGCUUGAUUUUUAAUACUUUUGUAUGUGUUUAGGUAGAUUGAAGUAAGUCUACAAUGUGAUAAUAAAUAAGCAUCUGACGUGCAAGAUUAGAUGCACGAUAGACUGUAGACCGCCGUACCUGCUUUCAUUUCAGUGAGAUACGGAACGUAAAAUUUUUGGGCAAUGCCCUGUUAAGUACUGACAGUCCAUUUGUAUUCUAAGAGUCCUAUAUAAGUUUGGAUAUUUUUUUAAAGAUUUUGUAAUGCUCAAGGGUAGUUGUCCUUAAAAAUGACUGGAGUGGUAUCCAAACCAGGGCGCGUAUCAGCAAAUACCAAAUUGGCAGAAAAACUAAAUUAUCUUUGAGUCUGUUAGCAGUUUCAUCAAUACGGAUUCUUUAGAUGAUUUUCAAACUUAUCCCAGUGUUCUCAAUAAAAAUGACUGCCGGUUUGGUGCUUGUUACUUCCAACACUCAGGGUUGUAAUGGUUGGAUUGGCGAGAUAUUACAAAAUCUCGUUGAAUGAAUGUUGAUAUGUUUGUGAUAUUCAGAAUGAAUGAUAUCCCUAAAUUGUAGUACCCUACAAAUUGGAGUAUUGUUUUUCUAAGAUUACUUUAAGGCAUUUAUUAACGUACUGUCACAGUACGGUCUGUUUCCAAUCAGUUUAUACCAAAAACAGAUUAUAUUGAGAAAAAAAUUUAAAAAAAAUUAUAUCAUGGCUGAAUUGCCGUGAGUGCCAUUAUUUUCUAUUUAUAUUUUUAUAGUCGAUUCAGUAUGGCAUGUUUUCUUAUUUUUUUUUCAUACUGAUUCAAUUAUAAAGUCACAGAAAUUAUAAAUAUUGUUGAAAAUUUGGUUACAUCGUUUUUUUACUUCAAGCAUGCCAGCAUUGGGUAAAAUAGUGAUGGUGAUUAUGAACCAAGUGUGCUUUAAUUUCUUAUGAAUAAAGACCGAUUUUUUUAAA